AUGUCUAUGGCAGAGUCCAGUGUUCACAAUGUGUUCAUGGCAAACAAUGACCUAGAAGAGCUGGGAUGCAAACAGUCAUCUAAUCCCCCAACACAUUUUUCAGAAUCUGACCCUCCAGAUGGCGGGUUUCGGGCAUGGGUCACUGCUUUCGGGUGGUACAUAUCAUAUUUUGGAGUCUAUCAAGAUUUUUACACACAGAUUUAUUUAACUAACCAAACACCAUGGAUCGGUGCAUUGACCUCAUUCCUCACAGUCAAUAUCACCUUGAUCUCAGGUCCACUGUAUGACAGAGGGUGGUUCUAUCGAUUGAUGAUGGUGGGGUCGUCGCUCCAAUCGCUGUCUUUAUUCACAUUAUCCCUUGCCAAACCUGGUCAGUUCUACUUGGUUUUUAUGGUCCAGGGUGUUCUUGCUGGGAUCGGGAUGGGCCUGACGUACGCUCCAAGUGUAGCGCUCAUCUCUCAGCACUUCUCCAAAAGACGUACAUUGGUGAUGUCUCUCGUCACGUCCGGUACACCACUUGGUGCCAUUAUUCAUCCAAUCAUGAUCGAUCACCUUUUGAAUGGCACUGUUGGCUUUGUGAAAGGCGUUCGCGCCAGUACAGGUUUUGUCAGUGCUCUGUUAUUGAUCGCCUGCUUAUCCAUGCGAACGAGAGCACUGCCGACACCAUCCGCCAGGUAUAGCGCAGUGGCAAGAAAAUGCUCUCGUGAGGUUCUUCUCAUCCUCAUGACCGCUGGGUCAAUGCUUUGUCAGAUUGGAUUUUACUUCCCAAUAUUUUACUUACAACUGGAUUCUGUCCAACAUGGUAUUAAUGUCGACUUCUCCUUCUACUCUCUUGUGAUCACGAAUGUUGCCUGUUUCAUCGGACGCUCCACAGCAGGAAUAAUUGCAGCGUAUACGGGCGUGUUAAACUUGAUGAUCGUAUCCAAUGUCGCAUGCAGUGCGAUCAUCAUGUCCAUGAUAGCUCUAAGUGACAUAGCCAGUGUGAUUGCGAUUGGGAUUACAUAUGGCUACUUUUCUGGCAUCACUGCGCUGUUAGUCCCGUUGAUGACUGUGUUGACCCCCAACUUGUCUGAGCUAGGGGCGCGAAUGGGCUUGUGUUUUGCUUUCAUUGCCAUCGGUGGACUACUCGGCGGACCAAUAUCAGGUGCUUUGCUUUCUUCUCAUUAUCAGUGGUUUAUACCGUCACUCUUCAGUGGGGUGAGUAGCCUCAAUUGUUGCUGCACUUCCCUGCACUGA